CUAUGUUGGGUGCUUUCUUCAGACUGGGAAAUCAAUUCUGGAGCCCCACUGCCUUCCUCUGCCCCCUCUCCUCUCGCCUCCCUUGAGGCGGCACGCGGCGGCACUUGUAGGGCAGGUGGUCUGAGCGUGGCCGGGGCCGCUCAGCACGUGAAGAGAACCGCCCACACGCCCUGCUCAAAGGCUGCGCAGCUCACGAGUGACGUGCGCACUUUGUUCCCGUCAGCGCCGCCGGGACCCGCACCUUUGCCAGCGCCCCGUGACAAGCAACCCUUCUGGCCGCCCAUGAUAAGCGAUACUAACAAUAGCCGCGUCAUGUUUGAUUGCUUAAUACAUAAUGGUCGCCAUAUUUAUGUUCAAAUAAACGUCGUCAUUACUGUGUAAUUAACCCAACGUCACUACGUCAGAGGCGAGGGAGAUCCGGGAGUUGGUCACAGCGCCGCAGAGGUACACCAACAACUGACGGCCUCUAUGCCGCUCGCCGCUCGCGCCUGGUUAGUCUCGCUCAGAUUCCCGUCGUGUCAGUGUGUGCUCCGCCACCCAUCCAGACCGCGCGCUCCCUCACGCUCAGCGCUGCACGCCCCCUGUGACCACGACCGUCUUGUGACGCACGGAAGGACCUCCUUUGCCUUGCUCGGGAUUAAGAAUCAAGAGUGGGUAAAAAAAACACCCGCUGCCCCAUAACACGUGUUGUGCGCGCCCCCAACCAGGCGGACAGCAGGCAGAUCCCAGGCCGUGGCGUACCACCCGCGUCAGGUAUAUCGCGCCGCCAGCAGGAGGACUGCAACCUGAUUGGUGGACAAGGUGUUCCUGGGGGUUAAGAGAAAGCCGUGGAGACUUACGGACACUUUGGAGGGGCGCGAUUCCAUUGACAGAGCAUUAGGUCACACUCGCUGAAGGCUGCUGAGGAUUAGUCAUUCCCCCGCUGCCCUCCAGCCCCGAGGCGGUGAGUCGCCGACACUCGCCCGUCGCCAGCCACUAGCUACCCGUGCGUGUCACCCGUGUCGGUGGCGCGGCACCACUUUUUUCGCACGCCCGGUCCCCAAACUUGUCGCCAAGAUUAACAUGGCAGCGGCUUUAGUGGCCCGCGGGCCAGUCCGCUCCAGAUCGACUGAGAUUCUGUGUGCGGGUUCCUUCAGCAUCGUGGUGGACAGCGUGGACGGCGAGGUGACGGGCGGCGCCGCGGACGAGGAUGUGUUCGGGGACGAGGCGGGGCUGGCCGGCGGGGGCGGAGACGUGGACGCCCGCAGCGACAUCUCCAACGCCUCCAGCCGCGGCUCCAGGACCUCGCUGUCCAAGGAGGAGACCGACGCCAAGCUCGCCCUCUUCAAGACCGAGGCGGCAGCGCGACUAUCGGAGCUGGAGCGCCUGCUGGACGAGCACGAUCAGAUCAUCCGCGAGCUGAAGCGUUCCGAGAGUGACAGCGGGUGCAUCAACUACGUGGGCGUGACCCCUGCCCCGUCCUGCUCCUCGGCCAACAACCUGGACAUCCUCCCCAUCACCGUGACGCCGCCCACCAUCUCCCGCACCGCCCCCACCUCCCCCCUCUGCUCCCAGCCUCGCUCGGCGCAACACCAGGGCGGCUGGAAGGUGGAGCGCGAGAACAGCAACUGAAGGCGCCCUGUCUAGUCCUUCGUGGGAUAGGAAAUUAUAUGUUUUUCUUUUCGGGGCCUAAGUAAUUGAAGGCGCCAUAUAUACCUAUAGUUCUCCCUGGGAUAGGAAAUGUAUGUUAUUUUUUUGUUUUUCGUGGGCGUGAUAAGCGUAACUAAAGGCGCCCUCUCUACCUAGUCCUUCGCGGGUUUAGGAGAUAUAUCUUUCUUUUUGGGGCGUUUCUAUGAGUAGCGCGCCGGGACACGGGAUGAAUGAAGGAGCCUCACCCAGUCCAACGCGGGUUCAGGAAGUGUCUGUUUCCUCUCGAGGUGGUUAUAAGGUGUAGCGGAAUCAGGUAGUAUGUUUUUUUUUUUUUUUUUUCUCGGGUUGACUGCUGUGUGUCCGUACGCAUUGGGAGUGAUCACCCGCGCUGUCGCUUGGGUCAUGUUAUCUGCUCCCAUUUCCACGCCAGAAAUGCCUCCUGCAAGGCCUCUGCUGGCCACCGCUCAGACCCGGAAUUGAACUUUGCCAUCGCCGUAAUACCAGAAGACAAACUGAAGCUACACACAGCAUACACAGUAUAUACAAAAACUAUAAAUUAUAAUCAUUGGCGUGCGGCCUGUGCUCUAAUCCAGCCCCUCAGCGCGGGUGAUCACUGAGCACCGCUAUUGUGUGCGACUCUUAAAGUAGCGGAAUGAAGUUUGUAGCGGGACAAGUCUGUCUAGUGACUCCCCCCUCGUCGUUAUCCCCUCUGGAGGAUAAAUGAAUAAUUAUUUAUUUACAUCAGAGGACCAAACAGGACCCCUGCGGCACACCAGACAUUGCUGUCACAUGCUGUAUCCACCCCCCCUCCCCCACACCACACUCCACAUUGGUUAUAUGGAAAGCAUGCAUACUUAGGUGAAAUCCCUAACUACUAAUUUUCUGAAACUAAAGCUGUGAUAAUUGGCUGUACACUUAAUUAAACCUACUAAUUAUUAACAAUGAUUCAAGGUGCAUAUAGUACCUACCUGGCAGUCCAUGGAGAGAGAGAGAGCGAGCGAGAGAGAGAGAGAGAAAUGACCAAAGCACUUGCAGCUGUAGCACUCAAGUUCUGUGGUCCAGAAAGGUGUCAAGAUGAACACUUCACAUUCAUAUUUUCCUUUCUUGCUGACAAAGUAAAUUUUUGUUCUCAGCUUUUUUUCCUCAAUGUUCUGAGGUUUGAGAGUGUCAUCAUGAGUUCCUCUUUCACAGUGGAAAUUUAGAUAUUCACUCAUAUUUUUUUCUGUUCUGGCUGUUCUAUAACAAAGGAGGGUUUCAGUAUGAACAAAUGUCCUUUCAGGACAUUUUCCUCAUUCAUAGCAACAAAUCUGACAUUUUUUUAUUGUUCUUUAUGCUGCCUGAUUGUAUGCGUCUCACUGUGUAACUUCCUGGAGACAACACAGCGCUGCCUCAGCCUGAAAAUUAAAUGAAAAAUAUUACUUCAACACACAGCACUGGACACAACACAUCACAGACACACUCCGGUCAUUGCACCAAGCCAGCCCAAGCCAGCACUGGAAUGCAUGUCACACCACUGAACACUAUGUAAGGGAUAUGUUCGCCAACUUGUACAUGCCAUUACAAAUACUUAUAUCAUGGCAAAACAGCUAAUUUAAAAAGGUGAGCUGAUCUGUGAAACUGGAAGGCAAAUUACAGACUGAUAAACAUUCUAUACCUUAACAAUGGCUGUUAUUCAUAGUUUAGCUCAUCUUUUCAGGAAAGUCUUUUCCUGAUAUGCGUGCUAUGUGAUUGGCAAGGGUGUACAGCUUGACAGACAUGCACUAACUCAUGGCACUGGGAAGCAUGAGAGGCACUAUUUGAGCACUACUAAUUCCAUGCAGUCUUGCACUCAAAAGCACAAGUAAAGAAGCACAAAAUGCACAUCAUCUUAUAGCAGUAGGCCACUGACAAGGACUUGAGUAUUUGCACAGCACUGAAGCACAGGCACAAUACUAUUAACACAUGCUGUAUAACACUUCUUAGCACCACACUAGACUCUGUUUGGAUUAGCCUUGAAAGUUAAGCCCCUUCCCCAUCACCACUGAGUAUUCAUCACUGGGCAACCCCUAAACACAUCAUGAAAGUCAAAUCUAAUGUGCCUGCCACAUUUUAUAAGCACAGGCUCAAAAGACUAGGAGGGGUGCUGAAUGCUGGGCACCCCACUAUGACCACAAAACCCAUACCCAAUCUUCAAAAGACAUGAGAGAAGAAACAAGAAGAUGAGUGUAAAGAGUCAGCUGUGGGAGGUAGAGCACACAACUCCUCACUCAGAUAGAGUCUGCCCAUCAGCACAGUUUACCUUCCCCAGGUUUCCCUAGGCACCCAGGCUGGUAUGGGCAGGGAUAAUUUUCAGUGUUGAUAUGGACAGAGUACAUCACUGCAAUGCACAUCACUACUACACAGAACACUUAGCUACACUUGCACAGCACACACUAGGAAGAGCACUAAAUGUUACUAACAGCCACACAAUGUAACACUUAAAGGAGCACAGUGCACAGUAAUAUAAUGACAGGGGCACAAUGUAACACUUAAAGGAGCACAGUGCACAGUAAUAUAAUGACAGGGGCACAAUGUAACAUUUCAAGAAGCACAGUGCACAGUACUACGAGAAGAGCACAAUGUAACACUUAAUCAAGCAGCACAGUGCACAGUACUAUAAUGAGAAGAGCACAACAGUAUUAUUCCACAAGCACAAAAGCACUAAAUUGACGUUGUAUUGUAAUGAAGCACAGCACAGUAAGCAAAGGAGCACAAUAAGCAAUAAUAGGAAUAAGGCACUUUAAUUCUCUCACUGCAAAAAUCACCGACAGAAUCAGUCACAUUCUGUACUUGCCUGAGCACCACAAGCACAGCAAUAAGUGCAGCACAGUAGUUUAUGGCACAACGUAGGGAGAUGUUGGAAAGUAAGGCGUAGUCUACACACUUCACUUCAAGCACAGAGCAAACUGUUACUAGUAAGGAGCACACCGGCACCAUGUACGGCACAAUGUAAUGAAUAGUGGGCUGGGCUCUGGUGGAUGACACAUUGAGUGGAGCACCAAGCAUGACACAACCACACAGUACUCUUACGGCAGGGUCCAAAACAGCUUGAGUGAAAUUGGUGAGGGGUACGAGGCAUGAAUAUUCAACCCAAGAAUUGAUAGUGUAAGCCCUAGCUAAAAUUAGCAAAGUGUGAUGAUAAGGUAAGUCACACGACCAAAAAUCAAAUAGAGCAGAUUAAAAUAAACAGAAUUACUUGAGUGUGUGAAAAUCAAAUGGCACAGUCUUGCAUGUAUCGACUAGAAUGAUUUUAUUAAGUGUGGCCUCAUGCUUCCACCAAACUCAUGUGUCAUUGAGGACCCUACCACACACGUGACAACAGCACACUGCCAAGCACACUGCACCAAGCACAAGGACAGGAGCUGCCUCAUCAAAAUACUUCCUUUCAACAUGGACAAAAAAUCUAAAUCUCUUUUUGUUACAAAAUCAAAUCCGUAUUGAUGUUAAAGGGAAACGUAUACCAUGACACAGUAUGCCAGAUAGAUGUUAUUAUGUAUUAAGUAGGAGUUACAUCAAAAUAAUUGUUGAAAAGUUAAAAAAAUGCCCUGUUAUACUAUGUCACAGCGUAUACAUGAAGGUUUAGCUUGCACAGAAAUACACAUGUGGCAUUUCCUCGGUACUGUGAAGAUUGAGAGGAUCCUAAAAUCUACCUAGCCAAAAGAACACACCUAGCUGUGCCUCAAGUGCCAACCAACUCUCUGCAACUCUCUAAACUGCUGAACACAGUUAACAAUGACUCCACUAAAGCUUUCUUCCAAACCUGCAGGAAUUACUACCAUGUCAUGUUCGCUGCUCAUUCACCUCCCAGCAAGGUAUCCACCCUAAUAAGUCUGCCAGCCAUAGUAUAUCAAGGGAAAACUGAACUUCCUUAACAACUACCUGCUACCCUUAAAAGUACAGACUAUGUAGGAAGUGUUCUGCAUAAGUAUUUUAGGCAGUAGCUGUGUGUGUGUGUGUGUGUGUGUGUGUGUGUGAGUGAGUGUGUGUGUGUGUGUGUGUGUGUGUGUGUGUCCUAAGCACCACUCUUGUAGCAGAAACAAAGCAAGCAUCCUCUAUAUGCAGUAUUGAGACUGGGUGGCAAGUAGUGUAUAAAUUAAGGCUGAACAUUAAAAAAUAUUAUUAUUUCCAUAGGAUAAUAAUAUAAUAAUAAUAAUAGUAAUAGUAAUAAUAAUAAUGAUAAUAUUAAUGAUAACAAAAACAGAAGAGCUCAGUGUUCCAGCUUAAUAUAUCCAAAUUGGCGUCUAUUAAGAAAGAGAAAAAUAAUAUAUAUAAAGUGAGUUCCGAGGUGCCACAUCAUGCACAGUAUCUCUACAAGAUCACCCGAUGAUAGGGUUAAACUUGCAUUACUCACACCAAUCAUUUCCACCAAUAAUUAUUUAGGUCUGUGAGUGCAAAAAUCAACUCCUUCGGCACGGCCUUGAUCCCUGCCACUGACUCCUGUGUUAGUCUCCAUGCAGUAAUAACACUUCUCUUAGCUGCUCUGUCUCUGCUUCCUUAUAUAAAAAUGUUGGAUCAUUCCACAAACCUAGAGUCUGGGUGUGUUUGCUAGUGUGUAUGCACCGCUAACAUCAGAGGAGAGGCGGAGGUGGGAAAGAUAGCAGGGAAAUUACAGGAAAAGAGGCUGCAUUGUAGUUCCUUUCAGCCAUUAUGGAAAGUAGAAUAACAAGAGGAAGACUAAAGACAUGAGACAAGUGGACUGAAGGAAAUCUCAAGGAAGAAAGUUGAUUGAUUUUGGCUAUACAAUCAUGGUGCCACAACUGCAGUGGUCAUGUGGCACUCCAGGAAGAGGGAACAGUGGAAAGAGAUGCACAGGAAUGAGCGAUGUGGAAAACUUUGAUCAUGAAUGGCAAUCCAACAACAACAACAACAACAAAAAAAAAAAAAAAAAAAAAAGAGGGAAGAGCAAGAAACAAAUAUCACAUCACAGAUAUUCAGGUUAGGAGAGUACCAAUUAUAAUGUUGCAUACAGACAACCAAACAUGCCCGGCCUUCAUGUCUUAGCAGCCUGUUCCCUCCCCUUUUCCUGCCUUCCUCAGUACCAUUGAUGGCAAAGUGUGUUAGCAUUAAAGGUUUGAUUGUGACUUAGUGAAUCUGUUGACAAGUUGUUUUCUGAUUUCAAGAACAUGAAAUAGUGGAUCUCAACCAACCUAUAGCCAAGUGAUGUCUAAUAUAUAGAGAUAGCAUCAAACCAUCCAUAUUCACAAUGCCAUGAUAAAGCACAGUCCAAUCAGGGGAUGUGACGGGGCGUACAUGACACCUUCUGUGGCUCGCAGGACCUGCACCAGUGAUCCGGGGGACAUGCGGGAUCACCCACACUCCCAUCGGGCAGGAGGCCCAGGCAGAUGCAAUUAUUUUGACAGCAAAAUAGAUGAACUCAAGAGUUACUGCAAUGGUGCAUGAAAUAGUUCAUAACAGCCAGCAUAACAGAGGCCCAGUGGUCUUGCUCAGGCUGUUGUCAACACAGGCGGGGACACCAGCGACUGGUGACCUUGGUUGACCCUCCUCAAGGGCCUUGCUGCCCAUUACCAACACUCUGGAAAGCAAAAUUAAUAGAAUUUCAUGAACAAAACAAUAACACUCGCUGUGUUUUAUUGUAUUUCUUUAUAAAUUAAUCUCUCUUUUCUUCAUUUCCACUCUAGGUUUCAAUGAGAUUCCUGCAGAUUUGUUAGUGCUGUAGACUAAUGUGAUCAGUCUUUGGGGGUGUCCCCCCUCUCAGGGCCUGGGCAUGGCCUGACUUGCCUGUUCUGUCGCUCCACCUCUGGCCAGCACCUCAACACACUCAUCUUUCAGGAAGGGUUCUAAAGGCAACUGUCUGUGACAGAUGCUGUAUGCAAACUAUCCCAGUAAUGCCUUGGAGAAAAUCAAAGAGGGAAUACAAUAACAGUUUGUUCAGUGAAGCAUUCCCAAGCAGUACUUAUUUAUCUCUGCAUUUUAUAGAUUCAAGGAGCAAAUUCAGAAACAGAAAAAUAAAUCAAAAUAUACUGAGAUAAAUGCCACCACUUUUUCUGCAAACUUUACCCAACUGAGAAUUCUAUAUUGUCAAUGUUGAAUAUUUUGUGGUUACUAUUUUGUAUAAACCAGAAAAUCCAGAUGCAGAUCAUGGAUUCCAUGAGCAAAUUCAUAAAUAAAUCAAAAUAUAUUGAGAUGUCACCAUCCUCCCUGCAAACUGUACCACACUGAGUGACAUGCUUGGAGUCUUGAGCAUCCUGAGGCUGUGUUUCACAUCCACCCCACAGCAGAGCAUUAAGAGGAUGCCAGUUUGUCCACACCACUGCAGUCAGCACUCACAUCAGGGAAGAAUAUUACUACUCAAGAAGAUUGACCUGAUGUAUGGAAAUGAUUUGAAAUAAAGUCAAAAUGAAUACUGUAUAUUACUUGUGUAGCAGCCAAUUGCAUGUAAAAGUUCAACUUCCACAUAGGCUGCAAUAUGCUUCACUGACAAAGAAAUUUAACCCCAAUGCAGAAAUAGUUGGAAGUGCAUCAUUGACCAUCUAAACUCAUGAGAUAAUAGGAAAACCUGACAUUAAACAGAAGAUAAUGAACAAUGAUGAAUGCAAAUGUUGAUCAAAUAAUUUUUGCCUUAAAAACAAAAAAAUAAUAAUAAUCAACUUUUCCACAAGGUCAUAUAGUUGUUAACCUUCACUUUGACAAUAUUUACUCUUCAUACCUCAGCUCAGUAGCCAAGAUUAAUUAUUUUCCCAGAUGUGCGUACAAACUGCAAUGGUGUGAAGACUUUAGUAGCCACACCCUGCCUGCUGCCUAACACGGGGAUCCCUGAAACGUUCCAAUCCUUUCAGAGCAUCGUCAUUACUGUUGCUGUCUUUCUCAUGGCUUCUGAGGGCGAGGUGAGGUCAUGUCACCUUAUUUUCCACAGGGUGUGUUUGUCACUACACAUGCACCACUCCAAGUAGCACUCAUAUUUUGAACCAAUACUUAAUGCUGAAAUCAAUCUUUUAUUAUCUUUUUUCUGUCAUCCCAGUUUUCCAGAGUAUAUAUACUUCUGCCGAUAUGUGUAUUACUUGAAAUGGUGCAGAUGGCUUGGCCCACACCCUCCUCCAUGACUUGUAGCUGUGUACACUGUGUCACCAGUACCAUGUAUCAAGUAUUAAUGUUAUGGAUACCUAGUUGUGAUAUGCUGUUUAUAUAAUAUCCACUACAUACAAAGUAGCUGAGUCUUGAUAGCUAUGAAUGAUUUACCUGGCAUGAUCCACAUAUCAAAUACAUGUCAUCAUUCAUUCAUUUUUGAGGCUAAACGUAUAUGUUACUCUAAGCUGUAAUCAACCUCGACUGAGUUACAUGUGACAAGUUUGUGCCAUUUCUGUGUGGUGUCUUUGGGUUAAAUGUAAGGCUAUGGACAUGUUUCUGAGUGUUCCAGGCAGAAAAGUUACGUUUACAAUAUUUAUGUAUAUUUCCAUUUAGUUUAACACUUUUUAUCUCAAAGAAAUUAUAUAUGUAUAAACUGUAUAUUAAUAAAAAUGUAAUGGCAA